AUGCCUGGGACUAAAAUGGAAUUUCUCACCUGGAUUUUCCCGUCCUUGGUUCUGCUGUGCACCCAGCAGCACAGGUGUAUCAGAGCAAUGAAUGACAUUGGAGAUUACACAGGCUCCAACAUAGAAAUAUCCUGGUUACCUAAUCUAGAUGAUUUAAUGAAAGGAUAUGCACGGAAUUUCAGGCCUGGAAUUGGAGGCCCUCCUGUUAAUGUUGCCCUAGCGAUUGAAGUAACUAGCAUUGACCACAUCUCAGAAGUUAACAUGGAAUACACCAUGACAGUAUUUUUGCAUCAGAGCUGGCGAGACGACCGGCUGUCUUACAACCACACCAACGAAACUCUGGGCUUGGACAGUCGGUUUGUGGACAAGCUCUGGAUACCAGAUACGUUCAUAGUAAAUGCCAAGUCUGCCUGGUUCCAUGAUGUGACUGUGGAAAACAAACUUAUCAGGCUACAGCCUAAUGGAGUCAUUUUGUAUAGCAUCAGGAUUACCUCAACUGUGGCCUGUGACAUGGACCUUACCAAAUAUCCCAUGGAUGAACAAGAGUGCAUGCUGGAUUUGGAGAGCUAUGGCUACGCUUCAGAGGAUAUCGUGUACCACUGGUCAGAAAACCAGGAGGAGAUCCAUGGGCUGGAUAAACUGCAGCUUGCUCAGUUCACAAUCACUAAUUACCGCUUCACAAGAGAAAUGAUGAACUUCAAAUCUGCGGGUCAGUUUCCCAGGCUCAGUCUCCACUUCCACCUGCGGCGGAAUCGAGGUGUUUACAUCAUUCAGUCUUACGUGCCUUCCAUCUUACUGGUGGCCAUGUCAUGGGUUUCCUUCUGGAUCAGCCAAUCAGCUGUGCCUGCUAGGGUGUCACUAGGUAUAACUACAGUUCUUACUAUGACCACUUUGAUGGUCAGUGCCCGAUCCUCACUCCCACGAGCCUCUGCCAUCAAGGCACUAGAUGUUUACUUCUGGAUUUGCUACGUGUUUGUCUUUGCUGCUCUGGUGGAAUAUGCAUUUGCACAUUUCAAUGCGGACUACAUGAAAAAGCAAAAAGACAAGAUGAAGGCGAGCAGACAGAGUGGAGAGAUCAAUGUGAAGAACGCCAUUGUUUUGUUUUCCCUUUCCGUUGCGGGUGUGAACCAGGAACUGGCCAUUUCCAACCGGCAGCACCGAGCUCCCAAAACCCUACCCGGAUCAUAUGGCUCUGUAGAAGUCGAAACUGGAGAGACAAAGAAGCAGCAAGAAACUAAACUGGAGAAAAAGAGUGGCUUAAAGUCCCUCUUCAAGCCCAUUGAUGCUGACACUAUCGAUAUUUACGCCAGGGCAGUGUUCCCAGCAGCCUUUGCAGCAGUCAAUGUUAUCUACUGGGUUGCUUACACAAUGUAA